AUGUUGCUUUUUCGAGGUACGACAUAUAGUCCGGCCAAUUGGACGAUACCCACUUUACCAUCGACAUCGCGAAUUGCAAUGUAUACUAGACGCCUCCGUUCGAUGUCCUCAAGCCAAGGCAUAAUUAUCGGCGGAAAGGGUCCUCGUAAGUAUCUCUGCAAUGAUUGCAGCCGGACGUUUGCUUUGAAGGCCUCGUUACUGCGACAUAAAGCGUACGAAUGCAACAAGGAUCGUCAAUCUCAGGAUGAGUAUGAUAAUAAGGCGAGGAAGUCGAAAAAAAAGCACGUAUGCAUCAGAUGUAAUCGUGUAUAUGCAUUUUUCACGUCGUUGUGGCGGCAUCAGAAAUACGAGUGCGGAGUAGAGCCGAAAUUCGUCUGCCCUAUUUGGCUCGUGUAUGGAUUUCAGAAGCCGCAAGACGCAAUAAGUACGCCGUUGACACAAGUACCGCUGAUGCCACUAACGUGUCCGCAAUGCGGGCGAACAUACAAGAUGAAGCGUAAUCUGAAGACUCAUAUGAAGUUCGAAUGUGGCGGCCAGAGAAACUUCCUGUGUCACUUGUGCCCGUCUAAGUAUACGCAGAAUAUUAGUCUGCGUCGUCAUCUUUUACAAAGGCACAACCUUUACAUGCCACCGAAGUUCUCGGUACCCAAGCAGUUGCCGACAGUUGCCACACGAAGCCUCGUAGAUGAAACCUUCAGGAACAAUGUAGUCUUCAAUUGUCAUCAGUGCGGCAGAACGUAUCAAUCAAGACACAAUCUAGUGAAACAUCUGAGAUUCGAAUGUGGCGGGCAGAAACACUUCGCAUGUUCUCUUUGUCCCUCUAGAUAUACCCAAAACGGCAAAUUGCGACAACAUAUGCUGAAUGCCCACAAUAUUUUUGUGCCCCCAUUACAUUUUCGAAAGAAAAAUCUACUUUCGGAAAUUAUGUUCGGAUCUAUAUCGGCGAACAAUUAG